AUGUCCAGUAGCAUCACAGACCUCGAGUUCCAGACCUUCUACGUCGUAACCAAGCUUCUCGACGCCGUCUAUCCAAAUGGCAAAUUGUACGUUUCCCACGGCUUGAGCACUGACAGGGAUUCCUACCGGUAUCGUGCCGCUGUAGUAGAGUCAAAAAUAGAGUCUUCGGGUAGUGUCAAGAGACGACUACUCUCGCAGGUCGAAACAGCCAAAACUCGGAUUGGUGUUCUAGAAGCCGUGCGGAAGAGGCUUGAGGAAAUCGCGUCCUGGAGACUCGACGUGAUCAUAAGCGACAAGGAAAGAGAUGAUGUGGAAGAAAACGAACGGAAGAGGAAGAACUUGAUGGGUAUAGUCGCAGAGCUAGUCUCAAGCAUCCAGAAAGACUUGUUUUCCCUCACCGUCGGUUCUACAUCGAUUCGGCGGAAGAUUCCGGUCGAUGAUCUUGUCCGCAAAUUCACGAACAUCUCGGCCAGCUCUUCGGAAGCCUCUACCAUCUAUCAUCCAGUACAGGUCCUGGAAUCGAUACCUCUCGACGACCCAUCUUUGGGCAGAAUUAAAUGUAUUGGCAAAAUUCCGCUACCCAACAAUCUCAAGGCUCAGAAGACUGCGAGUCGACUCGCCAAACAAGAACGCUGUCGUAGUGUCGAGAGUCAAGCGGAAGAAGAGCGGUUGAAGGUCAACGAUCCGGUCACUCCCCCGAAUCAACUGGAUGAGAUCAUUGGCCGCGUCUUGAAAGAUUUGAAGAUCAUCGUAGUGCUUGUGCUGUAG